AUGAGAGAGGGUCAUUUCAAAGAACGUAUAAAGAGUGGGAUUAUUAAUCUGGAUAAGCCGUCGAAUCCGUUUCCACACGUCGCAUGGGUGAAAAGUGCUCUUGCCGUAGAAAAGACUGGUCACAACGGAACCUUGGACCCUAAUCUUACCGGAUGUGUAGUUGUGUGCAUUGAACGAGCCUCAAUACUUACUAAGUUGCCUCGGCUCGUGGCAACAGUUAAAAGGCAGCUUCGAAUUAGAAUGAUUUAUGAGAACAAGCUUUGUGAAUAUGCCGAGGGGGAACUUGGUGUAGUCAAGUGUGAGACCGGGACCAACGAUGUUCUCGUCAUCAUGCACAAUAUUCUUGAUGCAAAAUGGCUUUACGACAAUCGUAGAGAAGAGUCCUAUCUACGGGGUGUCAUGAUGCCCUUUGAAAUGCUUCUGAUAGGUUAUUUAAAAAAUUUCAAGUUGGUGCUUUUCGGCGUUCUUCGCUACGAUAACGUAAGUGCCGAUGACAGUUUUAAUCACAACGAAAGUAGAAUCAAUUGCACUUGCUCGUCGAGUCAUCAAGCAAUUAUCAAGACCGAAUGUGAAUCAAGUAGCGACGAUGUGCACAGUUCAAAAAAGGCAAAAUUAUGUCAACCGAACUAUCAAGAUCAUCCUGAAUCGUUUGGUAUUUCAACUGCAGAUCCACAAGUAAUGCUGAUUUGCCUUUUGAGGUUUUCAUAA